GGAACCUUAUUCGAAAGCCGCAUCCCUGUUUCCAGCGAUAAAACCCUUAUAUAUAGCUCCAGCAUACUUAUUUCCUUCAACUCAAAACCCCUUCUUCUCAUUAAUCCUAUAUUUUAAUAAUUUCUUCUUCUUCUUCUUCUUCUCUCUCUCUCUCUCUCUCUGAAUUUCCUCUCUAUCUCAUACACUCGAAGCAUCACACUCACAACCAGAACUACCAGUACUGCUGUAAAUGGCAUCAUUUGAGGAAGCUUCAACCCUAGAACUCAUUAGACAACAUCUUUUGAGUGACUUUACCUCCAUGGAGACCUUCAUCUCCAAUCUCGAUGUUUUUAAGUCCAACAUCUCCCAAAACCGGUCAACCAAAACUUCGGACCUCAAAAAUGGCAACAUCAGCACUGAUGUUGAAAUCUCUGCUUAUUUGCUCGCCAAGGAAGAGCCUAUCACCUAUUCUUCUAAUUCUUUCGACCAAACCAACUCUGACCUCGACACAAAACCCACAACCUUCCGCUCAAAUCCCUCAAAACCUUCCAACUUAAGCCAUCGCAGACCAUCCUUAAACCUCGAAAUACCACCAACACCAUUCGGUUUAGAUUCAAAGACCAUGCCGGAAACCGGAAGUAACCUGAACGUUCCGGAUGCUAAUGAAAGUAAGCAUUAUAGGGGAGUCCGGAGACGGCCGUGGGGGAAGUUUGCGGCUGAGAUACGCGACCCCAAUAGGAAAGGCUCGCGGGUGUGGCUCGGAACGUUCGAUACGGCCAUAGAAGCAGCAAAAGCUUACGAUCGGGCCGCGUUCAAACUGCGUGGAAGCAAAGCCAUCCUGAAUUUUCCACUAGAAAUUGCCGCGAAUUCUUCGGAGUAUGAUACUUCUGCUUUGAGCGUCGGAAAGAAGAGAAGGAGAGAGAGCGAUAGUGAAAUCACAAACUGUACUGUACAGAGAAAGGAGUUGAAGGAAGAGCCAGUGGAGCUUGGUCGGGAAUUAACGGCAGAGAGUGUUUCGGCGGUGGCUCGUCCAUUAACGCCGUCAAGUUGGACCGAGGUGUGGGAUUGUGAUGUGAAGGGAAUUUUCAGCGUGCCUCUGUUAUCGCCGUUAUCUCCGCACCCCUCGUUGGGAUACUCUCAGGUUAUGGUUACAUAAGAGGAGUCCGUUAGCACUUCCGUUAUCUAGUUAGCCACAUCCUGAUCCCGAUAUGGACUGUGGACCAAGACAGCUCCGUAUGAGAGAGAGAGAGAGAGAGUGAGGCUGCGCAUACGCAGCUAACGGUGGCAUCACGGACUUCACUAAAUUCGUGCACAUCGGAAGAGUCACACCCGCAUGAUGACAGAAAUUUCAGAAAGGCAGUGACUUCUGGCUAAACUCACACGUGGGGCUCCCGAUAGUGAUUUUUUUAUUUUAAAAAAUAUAUAUUUUUAAUAUUAAAAAAUAUUUAAAAAAUACAUGAAAAAAAAAAAAAAAUUGCACCGUCGGAUACCCUGUCGGGAUUCCUCAUGUGCGGCUGUAGAGCCACUCUUAAAAAAAUAGAAAGACGAAAACAAAAGAAGUGUGCUAAAUGUAAAUACAGAGGGAUGUGGUUUGGUUUGAGGUUUAUGUGAGUACAUAUGUUGAGUUCGUUUGUUCAUUUUAUAUUAAAGAAGUGCUUUUAUUUUCCUCAGCA